GUAAACCUCUUGAGGACAAACGAAUCCAAAAAAUUCACUCAGGGGUCGUUCUACAAUUGGGCAACAGGACAGGGGCUACUACUACAACAAUGCCUCAGCUCCUUCAAAAUGGCAAGCUCAAGGUGGAGACCACAACAUCAAGAUCCCCCCGCCACCUGGCGGUGGAGGAUGGCAACCUAACGGAGGUCCAGCUCCGAUGAGCAGCGAGAUGAGCUCCUCGUCCUACUCAGGACCUCACGGUCCAGCAUUACCUCCUCCAUCACCCAAUGUUGCCCUUGGCUUCAAUCAGAGCACCUUCACCUAUGAAGAGGUUUCAGCCGCAACCAAUGGCUUUUCUCAAUCCAGUUUACUCGGUCAGGGAGGAUUUGGCUAUGUAUAUAAGGGCAUUCUUCCUAAUGGGAAGGAAGUUGCAGUGAAGCAGCUCAAGGCUGGAAGCGGCCAAGGAGAGAGGGAGUUUCAAGCUGAGGUUGAAAUUAUUAGUAGAGUCCAUCAUCGUCAUCUUGUAACACUUGCAGGGUAUUGUAUUACUGGGAGCCAACGUAUUCUCCUCUAUGAAUUUGUUCCUAACAAUACGCUCGAGUACCACUUAUAUGGAAAAGGUGUCCCGACGAUGGAUUGGCCUACGAGACUCAAAAUUGCAAUCGGAUCCGCAAAAGGCCUGGCGUACUUGCAUGAAGACUGCCACCCUCGGAUCAUUCAUCGCGACAUCAAAACUGCUAACAUUUUACUUGAUUACAACUUUGAAGCUAUGGUUGCUGAUUUUGGACUGGCUAAGUUGUCUUCAGACACUAACACGCAUGUUUCCACACGCAUCAUGGGAACUUUUGGGUAUUUGGCUCCCGAGUAUGCUUCAACUGGUAAGCUUACAGAUAAAUCUGAUGUCUUCUCCUAUGGAGUCAUGCUUCUGGAGCUGAUAUCUGGGCGACGACCUGUUGAUCACACUAACAGGGUGGAAGAUAGUCUGGUUGAUUGGGCAAGGCCUAUUUUAGGGCAGAUACUGGCUGAGGAGAAGUUUGAAGAAAUUGUGGAUCCGAAACUGGAGGGAAACUACAAUCCAACUGAGAUGGCUCGAAUGAUAGCCUGUGCUGCUGCGAGCAUUCGUCAUUCUGCAAGGAUGCGCCCUCGAAUGAGCCAGAUUGUGCGUGCAUUGGAAGGCGAUGCAAUUUCCUUUGAUGACUUGAAAGACGGGGUGAAGCCCGGGCAGAACUCACAGUUUGGAUCAAGUUCGGACUGUGAUUCAGGCACCUACUCUUCAAAGAUGAGGCAGUUUCAGAAAGUUGCUCUGGCUACUGGAGAGUAUACAGGAGAGUACAGUGGUGUGACAAGUGAAAAUGGGAUCAACCCUUCUGAUUCCAGCAACUCCUCUAAAGAGAUGAAUUUCGGCGCUGGACGCGAGCCAAAGUAAAAAAUCUAAAUAAGAAAGAAAAAGAAAAAUAUUGAAGAUGUAUUUAUUGUUUUUCUUUGUAUAUGAAACGAGUGUGAAAUUUGGAUGCAAGUUCUUUGGAUCUUGUUUUUGGAGGGAGGGAAAGAUGUAUAGAACUAUGGUUUACUUGAUGACUGUGAGUUCGUAGUUAGUUUACUUUUCUUUGUUUUGA